ACUAUAUAACUAUCACAUAGCAGACACACAAUGAAUGAUAUCAGAGACACAACACCCCAAGAUAACGAGAGACCAUCAUCCUCGGGGGAGAUACCCUCCGCAACACCCCCGGAACCACUCCUCAGAGCAACAUCCCCGGAACCACUCCCCAGAGCAACAUCCCCGGAACCACUCCCCAGAGCAACAUCCCCCGAGCCUGAACUCAGUUCAACUGAACAGAUGUCAGAAUUAGAGAAACCAGAGCCUGUUGAUUACACGUCUUCUGAGUCCAGUAGCAUGGGAAUCACCACCGAGCCUGUAGAUUAUAGUAACACACCUACUGAGUGCAGUGAUACAGGAAUCUCAGCACAGAUACACAGUAUGUCCUGUAUAAACGGGACUGCUACAGUAACGCACUUGUUAAAGAGGUACACUGCGCUGGUCAGGGCAGACCCGCACAUGUAUCGAGGGGCUGAGUCACUUCUUUCUACUCUCUCAUAUCUUGCUACUAACAGAGUGCCGAUAGAGAUAAUUGAGUUACUGUACAUGUCAUCAAAUCUAUUGAGAUAUCUAAACGAUAAGAUACUGUCUGGGGGAAAACAGCAGUCUCCUCAAGACAGAGGGGAGCUGGAGGCUGACCGAGACAGAUUGGAACAGAUGUUACAAGUUCUACAGUGUGUAGAAGUAUUUGUAGAACUCAGCGCGCGGCGACUGGGAGGCUCUCCUCUAAAGUGGCUUGUGGUGGCUAUUUUAGCCGCCGUCAAGACUUCCAUCAGACUUUGUCUCAUUUACCAACACAAUCAGAUCCUUGUCGGCUCUUUUACCGUCAAUGAUAGUCCAAAGGGAUGGGUGGGGCCAAGGAGUGGAAUCUUCUUCAAGCAAUCCCAUCCUAAUUCUAACAUUCCACACCAAAUUCCGAACAAAGACUUGAUCCUAGCGGAACUGUGUUAUACUUUGCGACCAAUUGUGCAUUUAACCGCUCUCGGGUUGUUCAAGUCAAAGUCUUGGAUUCCAUUUACCUUAGCUUUAGGAUUAGAUGUAUUUAGUUUCAAAUCACUACAAAAGAUUGAGCACCCCACCGAUAGACAAGCAAAUGAACUAUCUCGCAGGAAAAUAGCCUUUCUUUUGUAUCUGUUCAGAACACCGUUCUACAAUGAAAUUACGGAACACAGACUCACGCCAGUUCUUGAUUAUGUCAGUAAAAUUCCGAUCGUUGGACUUUUCACUGACGGCAUUACCGAUUAUUUACCAGACUGGCAAAAAAUUUAUUCUUAUGUAUGGGGAUCUUAAACUAUUUCUUUAACAAAAACAAUCAGAAUUGAAAUUUCUUUUAUUCUUGAAGACGGAAGUUAAAGUUGUCAGAUUAACCGAGCUUUUGGUUUUAUAUUCAUUUCAUGAAGAAAUAGCUGCUGUUGAACAUUAAAGGUUAGAUUAUUCCUGUUUUGAAGGCAGUUGGAAAAGGAAAGAAAAUCAUCAUGAGGUUGCUUGUAGUUAUCUUAGGAAUGACGUCAAUGACCAUACCGGAUUUGCUCCCAGAAAUGAAACAGCCCCGCAUGACUCAGAGUGACGCCAUCUUGGAUCUGGUUAUAAAACAGUCACGAAAGAAGAUGUUUGUCUACGUACGGCGCUUAACAAGAGAUAUUUGAUAGUUGAAGGAGGUGAGCUAAAAUGCGCGGCUCAAAAUCGAGCGAUCAAUUUUCAGAACCUCACCCGGUGCGUGACUUGGUCGCGGUAACUGUGUAGACGACGUUUGGUUAGAUGCCUGAUGUUAAUGUAAGGAAUCUAGUUUUACAUUCAGAUAACAUUCUUUAGAUAUUUGUUCUUAUUGUAUUAAUUUCAUUAUUUCAGUUAUUUGGACGGUAAAGAUUCCCAUGAAUAUAA